AGUCGUCGUCAUCAGUCAUCGCGCACACACAACAUUAAACAGUCUCAAAGUUUGUGCGAUUUCUUUCUGAUGCAAUAAAACAAGUAAUAUCGAAUAAAAUAUUUUGAAAGGUAUUGAAUAGAGAAAUUAAUAUAAAUUCUACAAUUAUGGAUGGUGAAGAUUUUGAUCCCACUUUGUUGAAGAAGAAAAAGAAGAAGAAGACCUUUGAUUUGGAUGCCGCAUUAGGUCUGGACGAUGGUUCCAAAAAAGAAGAAACAAAAGAGGUAGCAAACGAAGAUGCCACAGCAGCAAAUGAAAUUGAUGACAAUCUGGAUUUGGAAAGCUUUGGCAAGAAGAAGAAAAAGAAGAAGAAGGCCAUUAAUUUGGACGAUUUGGAAGGUGCUCUUCCUAAAGUAGAGGGCGAGGAAACACAGGGUGAAGAAAAAACUGGAGAGUCGAUGGAUGCAGACGAAGGUGCAGAUGUCGAUGCUCCUGCUGCAGAUUACACAUAUGAUGAACUCUUGAAACGCAUUUUCAGCAUAAUAUUGGAUAAAAAUCCCGAAAUGGCUGCCGGUCGAAAACCCAAGUUUGUAAUGAGACCUCCACAAGUAUUGCGUGUGGGCACGAAGAAAACCUCAUUUGCAAAUUUCCUCGAUAUUGCCAGAACGUUACAUCGUUUGCCGAAACAUUUAUUGGAUUUCCUUCUGGCUGAAUUGGGUACUAGUGGUUCUCUUGAUGGUAAUCAACAAUUGAUCAUUAAGGGACGUUUUCAACCUAAACAGAUUGAGAAUGUGCUCCGUAGAUACAUUAAGGAAUAUGUCACCUGCCACACAUGUCGUUCCCCCGAAACAAUUCUACAAAAAGAUACACGUAUAUUCUUCCUACAGUGCGAAUCAUGCGGUUCCCGUUGUUCGGUGGCCAGUAUUAAAUCCGGUUUCCAGGCUGUUACUGGCAAGCGUGCUGCUAUUCGUGCAAAGACUACGUAAAAAAGUAAAGGGAUUUAUGUAUCGUGUUACUCUCCAUUUAAUAAAUAACUAUGCAAAGAACCGAACCAGAUCAUCGACAGGACACUUACUUGAGGUAUACAUGAAACACGACUGGUUCGUUUUUUGAGGUUCAUUUUAUAUUUUUAGAACAAACGGGAAAUAAAAAAAUCUUGUAAAAAAUA